UACAAUGAUGGCUUCUCCUGUGAAGAAAAGAAACCCUAACAGUACCAUGUUUAACUGUGAUGCAGUGAAGGACCUUCUCCAAUUCCAAUGUGUAGCCAACUUCUGGAAUUCUCUAAUAUUCUAUGCCAGAAAACAUUUUAAGCGGAACCCUAACAUCAUCAAUUUACCCCCUACUCUUCCUUUUGAUCUCAUAACAGAAAUCCUCUCUAGGCUAUCCGUCAAACUUCUUCUCCAAUUUCGAUGUGUCUGCAAAUCAUGGAAUUCUCUAAUAUCCGAUCACAAAUUUGCCCGAAAGCACUUUAAUCUGUCAACCACGCCAAACCUCCACAUCAUGAGCUAUGACGAUCCCUCACAGCGGUUUGUUUUAAGGUCUUAUCCAUUCCAAUCCCUUUUCACAGACCUAACUACUAAUUUCACUCAACUUGGUUUUCCAUUUUACAGCCCUUUUGAACAUUAUUUACAUUACAUUGUUGGCUCUUGUGAUGGAAUCCUUUGUCUCGCCGAUUUUCAUAACACUUUUGUUGUAUUGUGGAAUCCUUCCAUUCGAAAAUUCAAGGAAUUGCCCCCUUUUGAAAAGCCACAAGUGGCUGGUUCGGCAAAGUUUGGCUUCGGUUAUGAUCAUCUUUCUCAUAAUUACAAAGUGGUUGUUCUUUACAACUCCUAUAGAUGUGAUGUCAUUGAAGAUACAACUAAAAUAAAAGUUUAUAAUUUGAGAACCAAUUCUUGGAGAAGCUUUCAGAAGUUACCUUUUACUACUGAAUUCGGCUCUGAUCAAUCGGGAGUAAAUGUCAGCGGUACAAUUAAUUGAGUUUGAUGGGAGGUCGAAAUUGUGUGUGUUGAAGGAUUGCUUGUGCAUAAUUUGUGAUUAUGAUAUUUGGAUAAUGAAGGAGUAUGGAAUUAAAGAGUCUUGGACUAAAUUGUUUAAACUCUCUAACUUGCCAGGUCAAAGAAAAGGUAUCUGGCGUUCUUACUUGACCAAGGCAUUAGAUAUUUUUGAAGAUGAUCAAGUAUUGUUGGUGGAGAGAUGGAAUAAGAAGUUGAUAGUUUACGAUUUUAAGAAUGACACUUUUAAGGUUACUUCAUUGUUUCCAACCCUUCCAGAAAUCUGCACCGAGAGUUUGAUAUCACCUUGUUCUUAAUGUUAUUAAUUAAUGCUAGGAUGUCACUCGAGCAUUUCAACCACAAUUUAUAUGUUAGUUUAUGUUUAUGUUUUUUAUUUUGUAAUUGCUAUGUUUACAGGUUUCUGUUAUUUUA